GGGGAGAAAAUCAAUUCAGUGAUCAUCAGUUUCUCAGUUUCUCCAGUGGCAAGCACUCCCGAAAACAAGCAAAGUUGGAUUAAAAAAUGACUAAACUGAUGCAAUUCGUUGCUCUCGCGGCCGUUCUUGGCUGUUUUCUACCCACGACGGUUACGGCCCAGUCAAGCCCAAGUUGGGGCCGAGUCCAGUACUGCCCCCGAGGUCAAAAGGCCGUUGGAUUUCGAUUGGCAUUUGAGGAUUUAAGUGCUAGAAGACUUGUGACCAUUGUUUUCAUUUGCACACGUGGAAGUAGGAUUACCUCGCCCGCAACAUCUAGGGGAAUUCCGGGUCGAACACGCAUUUGCCGGCCUGGCAGAUUCUUAACAUCGUGUCGAUUACAACUGGUACGACCCGGGAAAAACACGAGGGCCAACAAUUUGAACUGCAGGUGCAACGACGGACAGACACUUCAAGGGGACGGGAGCAAAGUUGGCGUUUGGCAUGGAUGGUCCCGUAGCUGUCGCAACGGCAUCGUGGGUUUACAGACGAAAACGAGAAGAGGAUUUAUCUACGACGCUAGAUUCCCCUGUUCCCGCCCACGCCCAAGUGCUGAAGCAGCAGAGAUAGAAGAAGUAGAAGAAGAAGUAGAAGUAGAAGAAGAAGUAGAAAUAGUAGAAGAAGUAGAAGAAGUAGAAGAAGAAGUAGUAGAAGAAUUAGAAGAAGAAGUAGAGUAAAGAACAGACGAUUCUAUUUAUGGACUCGUUGCUGGGCAAUUCCAGACUUAUUUCUUUAUUCUAAUUAAUAAUAUUUUUCUGUUCUUCUAAUGGGGUAGAAAUGGGAUAGAAAUAUACUUUUCAAUUGGCAAUAA